UUUUUUCUCCACUGCAGCCGACUGGAGUUGGCCAGUCGUGUGGAAGCAACUGGUGCUGACUGUCCAAGUUGUCUCUCCCGCAACAAAUUUCCGCUUUUUGUGUGCCAAAUUGAGCUCAAUUGAAUUUUAUUUCUCUUCUUGCCACCUAAAUUUGCCAUCAAGUGUCUCAUAUACUUCUUCUCUUCAAUAAAAUCCUCCCUCUUCCAGGGAGUCGCGUCCACAAGAACAGCCACUGCAGAUCUUCAGUGCAAUUUUGGGCAGUCCUUUGAGUGUUAGUAAUUUUCUCAGCCAGGACGGAAAAUUUAUUAAAAAAAAUAAUAAGAAUAAAUUUACAUUUUGUUCAAAAUCAAAACCGAAGACAUUCUGCAUCUGGCCAGGGCAAGUGCAAAAGGAGAUCUCUCUCAAGUCCAAUUUCUGGUGCCUUGAGACAGUUUUCAGUUCAUCCUCAAUAGGAGUUAAUGAAAUAAUCAUUUUAAUAUAAAUAAUCUCUAUUAGUGCACAUUACGCAAUCAUCCGGCAAGUGGGUAUUCUCGGGACAUUUUUUUCUCACCACAAAAAUCAGUGAAUAAGUGCGCAAUUUCUUGAACUUUUCCACUUGCUGAUACCUUCAUCCUCCAGCGUCAAGGAAUCACCCCUUGCGCAAAAGCCGUGAUCUCUUCCAACGAGGCUUAAAAGAUCUCCAAUCAACAAUGGGUGAAGAAAUAGCCACAAAUACGGACACCAAGUCCAUAGAUACGAAAUUCGACAAAUUCUGCAAUCGCCAUGGAAUUAAUUCCAAUCUCAUCAUGCUGAAAAUUACAUUAUUCGUAAUGUAUGGAGCCACUUCAUCCCUCCUGCCAUAUCUCACGAUUCACAUGCAGAGUAUCGGCUUAACUGUGGAAGAGAUUGCGAUAAUUUAUCUCGCUCUGCCAUUCACCACCUUCCUUAGUCCGCCCAUCACUGGAUUCCUCGUAGACAAAUUCGGCAAGUACAAGCCUGUGGUGGUCAUGAGUCUCCUGCUGAAUGCCAUCUUCCACCAUUCCCUCAUGCUAAUCCCGCAGCAGGAGAUUCCUGGAGUCAUGCCAUCUGCCUAUGUCAUGCGCCAUCCCCAAACCGGAAACAUCGAAGUAUGGUGGUCACCUUGUCCAAGUCGUGAGUGUCCGGAAGAAGAAGAGAUUGACAUCGUGGUGGAUCAGUGUCUGGAUCACUGUGUUCUUCUGGAGCAAAAUCCACGCAUUGAAAUUUUGCCACGACCCACAAAUUCCCCAUUGCGCGUAGACGAUGGUGAUCCCGUUGAUGAUCUCAACUUCCAUCUCAGCAAGAAGAAAGCCAAUGGAGCCAGCACACAGAAAUCCUCCACAGUACUUAGUACGGAAGAUAUCACCACGCCACAGUACACAACACCCUUAUCCUCCACUGAAAACAUCAAUGAUACCCUGGUGGAAUUAGAGGAAGACUGGUCUACUCGUGAUAGCUCAGCUUUCUUCCUUCUCGACAUGCAUCCCGAUCUUGGAGAUCCCAUUGAGCAGUUGGGUAUGGAAGUGGAACAGGAUGACAAUGAUACUAUUACUGGUUUCAAGCAACGUUUUGGAGAGAAGCUCCUCUGGGAUUCUGGGGUAAAUGUUACGGCACUUGAGGAAGAAGAUCUCCGCUGUGGUGGUUUGGUGAUAGAUUCUAACAUGUCCAGCACCUACAAUUUGCGUCUCAGUGAAUUAGCGGCUGAUUGUAUGGUUCAGAAAUGUAGUUUCCGUCAUGGAGGGCCAGAUAUCUGCCCACCCGAUUACAAGGAGAGCGAUGAUAAAAUCUUCUGGAUUUACUUCCUGCUGCGCUUCCUGGCUACAACUAUGCUUUCAGCCGGAGUUACCAUCAUGGACCCAAUCGCACUGACUAUGAUUGAGAAGUAUGGUGGAGAUUUCGGACGUGAGAGACUCUUCUCUAGCAUUGGAAUGGCUAUUUUCUCCCCCAUAACUGGCGUCUUGAUUGACUACACUUCCCGCGGAUUGGGAUAUACUGAUUAUUCUGCUGCAUUUUACACCUAUGAUCUUCUACUAAUUAUCUCCACAGUCACCGUACUCCUCAUGCCCCUAGGCGAGAAACUUCCAGCGGAUAAUGUAUUCCGGGAUUUGUGGAAUCUUCUCAAAUUACCACAUGUUAUGAUUUUCAUCAUUUUCCUGUUCAUGCUCGGUAACUACUGGGGCUUUAUUGAGAGUUUCCUCUUUCUAUACCUCAAGGAACUCGGUGCUCCAAAUUAUCUUCUGGGAAUCACCAUUACGGUGGGAACCGUGAGCAGUAUUCCAUUCCUGUAUGGAGCAGAAAAAAUUACAAAAUGUGUUGGACAUGUAAAUCUCAUUAUUGUGGCAUUCUUCUCACAUGCCUGUCGUCUCGUUGGGUAUUCUUUCAUUGAGAAUGCCUGGUGGUGCUUCCCAUUUGAGGCCAUGGAAGCUCUAUCUUGUCACUUGAUGUGGGUAGCUGCUGCCACUUACUGUGCCAUAAUUUCGCCCAAAAAUCUCCUGGCCACUCUCAUUGGAGUCCUGGGAAUGGCUCAUUUCUCCCUUGGUAGAGGCAGUGGAUCCUUUUUUGGGGGUCUCCUGAUUGGUCAUGUUGGCACUCGAGAUGCCUUCCGUUACAUGGGACUGUGUGCUGUUGUCGGAGGAAUAAUUUAUGGCCUUCUGCACUUGAUAUGGUUGCGGAAGUUCGACCAAGAGGCACAGUUCAAGGAGAAUCUCAAAUGCGAGGAAAAUGGCGAGAAUGAAAAACUUACAGAGCCCAAAACUAAGGAUCAGGGUACAACUAUGUCCCAGGAGCGUCUGUCGCUGAUGAUCAAGUUCAAUCAGAUUGGAAGCCUGACAUCUUUGCCCCGGGGAUCAAAGGUAGAUCUCCCGGAUUCCCUGUCUCAUCGUCGCAGUAGCUACAAUAUUGAAUUUGUGAAGACGACAAAGAGUGGAGGAAGUGCUUCAAAAGUAGAUCUUCUCAAGUCAGCCCUGGAGAUUAAUCACAGAUCAUCAAAUACAUCGGUGCCAAGUCGGAAGAAUAACACAUCGAAUCAGUCGCUGAACAGAAAGAGAGCAGACAGUGCACCCAAACUUAAUCCCAACAACUCCAAAUCCACACCGAACAAUUCCGGGAUCAUCGAACCGGAAGCAAUUCCCGAAGAGAGUGAUAGCCAACGUAGGAAUGUGUAUGCUCCUGGAGACACAAGUAUCGCCGAAGAAUCCCUCAGCGAAGUGAUUGUGCCCAAUUCCAAUGUGUGUUGUACUUGCAAUCGGAAAACUUAACAGCCCCCCCGGAGUCUCUCCGCCAGUGAAUUGACUCCCAGCCCAUUUAAGUUAUUUAAUAGACAAUUUAUCCUAAUGAAAGUUGUGUAAAUUUUAUCGCUAUUGCUACAAAUAAACAAGUGGUGAAUUUUA